GGGCUCGUUCCGCCCAUUGGCCCAGCGGCUCUUCAUUCGGGCUCGGAGCGCCGAGCGCCGCGGGCGGCAUGGCGGCGUCCGCCGAGCUGGGGAACCUGGCAGGCGUCCGGCACAUCAUCCUGGUCCUCUCCGGAAAAGGGGGCGUCGGGAAAAGCACCAUCGCCACCGAGCUGGCCCUGGCGCUACGCCACAGGGGCAAGAAGGUGGGGAUCCUCGACGUGGAUCUGUGUGGCCCCAGCAUCCCGCGCAUGCUGCACGCCCAGGGGCGGGCCGUGCACCAGUGCAGUGGUGGCUGGGUGCCGGUGUUUGUGGAUCAGGAGCAGAGCAUCUCCCUCAUGUCUGUGGGCUUCUUGCUGGAGAAGCCUGAUGAGGCUGUAGUCUGGCGAGGCCCCAAGAAGAACGCCCUGAUAAAGCAGUUUGUGUCUGAUGUGGCCUGGGGGGAGCUGGACUACCUGGUUGUGGACACCCCGCCGGGGACCUCUGAUGAGCACAUGGCUGCAGUAGAAGCCCUGCGCCCCUGCAGGCCGCUGGGGGCCCUGCUGGUCACCACGCCUCAGGCUGUGUCUGUGGGGGACGUGAGGCGGGAGCUGACCUUCUGCAGGAAGACCGGGCUGCAGGUGCUAGGGGUCGUGGAGAACAUGAGCGGCUUUGCCUGCCCGCACUGUGCUGAAUGCACCAACGUCUUCUCCAGGGGCGGCGGGGAGGAGCUGGCCCUGCUCACCGGAGUCCCUUUCUUAGGCUCUGUGCCCCUGGACCCUGAACUCACCAGGAGUCUGGAGGAGGGCCGGGACUUCAUCCAGGAAUUCCCCAAGAGUCCUGCAUUUUCUGCACUUACCUCCAUAACCCAGAAAAUUCUGGAUAGGACAUCCACUCUGCUCUCCUGACACGACCCCAUGGCUACCCCUGGUACAUCUGAGUGCUUGGCUUGCAGCUUCCAAAAACUUACGGGACAGAGUCCUCGGUGUGGCUUCGGGACCUGCAGAGGCUGGUCCGAGGCCUCCCCAGCCAGCCCAGCCCUCGCGUGAUGUUUUCAUAGCAUCUUGGCAGAGCUUGCUGGCAGGAGCUCCGUUCUGAUGGCCUGUGGCUAAGGACAGCUUGAGUCUGGGUACCUUAAGAUGAUACCAGGCUCGCCACCAGCCCCUGUGAGCCUUGCCCUGUGAGCCUUGGCUGAGACAAGACAGGUUGCUCCUGGAAGCCAGUGUCCCUGCUGUCCACAAGUUACAAGACCCUGGGGCAAAUGUGGAGGGCUCUGCUGAUGGAGCAGAGUGUGGUAAGCAGUCCAGAGUGUUGUGACCACCCCGGACCUGCCAUUAAAGCUAUCACACCCUGGCAGUGGCAGUGCCAUCCCCA